AUGGCUAGCGAGUCACGUGGCUCCACUGGCAAAUCUUCGCCCUCUCCGGUUUCCCUUCGUUCGCAGCAAAGCAAAGCCAGGCUGGACCCCCGACCACCAAACUCCGUCGCGUCGUAUCCCAUCCAUCACCAUUUUUAUCCGCCCAAAGCUUUGAACGCCCUCCCAACGCCAUUUUCAUUCCAUCCAGGGCCCUUUGGCCCGUCCCUCACCGUCAUUUUCCGCCGGCUUUGCUGUCCUCCCAACGUCGCUACGGGGCGCAUUUCAUCCUUUGACAACGCUUUCGCAUUCGCGCAUAUCAUUUCGCGACCGAUCCUUCGACUUCCCAUUGAUCCCAUCCGUUAA